AUAAAUUAAAUAUUAAAUAUGGAAGAUGAAUGGGUAGAAGUUGAAGAAAAAUCUAAAAAAGAAAAAAGAAAUAAAGAUAGAGAAAGAGACAGAGAUAGAUCAAGCAAAAAGAAUAAAUCCAACGAAAAUGAAACACCACAACCAGCGCCAAAACCAGAGAUUCAAAGAGAUGAAUGGAUGUCAGCACCAUUAAAUAAAAGUAGUAACCCAAGUGACUCAAGUAAUAUUUCCGGUAGUGAUGAAUCGUGGUUAUCUCAAUUAGGUAGAAAUAGAGAAGAAAGACAAAGCGAAAGAGAUAAAAAAAGAGAAAGAGAUGAACAUUUGUCAAAAAUGCUAUCAAGUGCAUCUGGAUUGGUUAAAUCAUUAGAUUCACUAGCUGAAAACAACAACAACAACAAUAAUAACAAUAACAAUAAUAGUAAUAACAAUAGUAAUGAUAAAAGUAAUAGUAAUAGUUCCUCUGCAACAUCAGUAACAGACCCAAAACCAUCAUACUUGGUCGGCGAUGGUGGUGCAUCUUGGAGAGCUAAAAAACUGUUAAGAACAAAGGAGCAAGCAAACGAAAUGGGUAUGGAUUUAGAUCAAGCAUUAAAAGAACGAUUUCAUGAAUCUGAAGUUAAAAAAAUCGAAGAAUCAAGAUCAUAUAAUAAUCGUUCAAAUAGAGAUUAUAACAAUAGAUCAAGAGAACCAUCAAGAGAUUAUUUAAAAAAAGAUGAUGAUAUCUAUUCUCAAAUGAAAAAACCAAAUGAUUCAUCAAAAUAUCUUUGGAGCAGUGAUAGAAAUAAAAGCCCAAUUAAUAGUAGAGAGGCUUUAGACAAUGAUAGAUCAUAUAGAAGCUCUAGAGAUAGUAGAGAUAGAGAUACUAGAGAUAGUAGGGAUAGAAGAGAUACCAGGGACUCUAGAGAUAGUAGGGAUACUAGAGAUACCAGGGACUCUAGGGAUGCUAGAGAUAGUAGGGAUAGUAGGGAUAGCAGGGAUACUAGGAAUGCUAGAGAUAGCAGGGAUGCUAGAGAUAGUAGGGAUACUAGAGAUACUAUGGACACUAGAGAUACUAGGGACUCUAGAGAUACCAGGGACUCUAGGGAUUCUAAGGAUGGAGGGGGCUAUAGGGACAGUGGUGACAGGAAAAUAGAAAAAGAAAAGAAUAGUGAACAAGAAAAAACAAUGGAAAAUAAUAAUAAUAAUAAUAAUAAUAAUAAUAAUAAUAAUAAUAAUAAUAAUAAUAGUAAUAGUAAUAAUAAUACUAAUAAUAUCAAUAGUAAUGAACAAAAUAAAAAAAAUUUAAAUAAACUAUCAGCCGAAUUAAUGAAAGCUAAAAUAAUGGGUGAUAAAGAAAAACAAAAAAGAUUGGAAAAUCAAAUUGAAGAAUUAAAGAAACAACCAUCCAUCUCUAAUGAAAUAUUACCAACGUCAAAUGAAAAGGUUAAGCUUUCUGGUUUAGAUCAAUUUGGAAGGAAAAUAUUUUUAAAUGAAAAGAACCUUAGUCAUCACGAACAAGAGCAUAAAGAAGAACAACAAUAUGACGAAAAAAUCAAAAAAGCAUUUGAUGCUAAAAAGGGUGAAAGAGAUAAGUACUAUCAAGAUGAUAAUGAUUACGAUUUAAACACAUUAGUAUCAAUGGAAAAAAAACAAUCAAGAGAUGAAAGCAGUAGAGAUAUGGACUAUGAAUUUGUAAAGACUAUGGCAAAAUCAGAGAAAUGGGCUAAAGAUGACCGUGAAGACUUUGGACCAGAUUAUGAUAACAUUAAAAAUAUUUCAGCUAAAAAGAAACAAGAAAGUGACGAAAAAGAAUUAAGGAAAUUCAAAGAUAAGGUAUUGUUUGCAGAUAAAAAAGUUAAUUCAGUUUUAGAGAGAUGCUGGUAUUGUCAAAAUAGUACCCAAUUCCAAAAGCACAUGAUGAUAACAUCAGGUACCAGAGUUUACUUAGCAUUACCAACACGUGGAUCAUUAACAACGGGUCAUUGUACUAUUGUACCUAUUGCACACACUUUAUCUUGCGUCGAAACUGAUGAAGAUACAUGGGAUGAAAUAACAAAUUUCAAGAAAUGUCUAAUUCAAAUGUUUGCUGAAGAGGAUAAAUAUGUUGUGUUUUUAGAAACUGCGAUGAAAUUCAAACAGCAACACCAUACUGUUAUCGAUUGUAUCCCUCUUCCAUAUAACAUAUUUUCAACAGCUCCAGGUUACUUUAAAAAAUCUCUUAUGGAAGCAGAGUCUGAAUGGGCUCCACACAAAUUAAUUGACACCAUUAAAAAAGGAGGCUUAAAAAAUUCAAUCCCAAAGAAUUUUCCAUACCUUUGGGUAGAGUUUGGUUAUAAGCAAACAGGUUAUCUACAUCCGAUCGAUAAAGAAAUAGAAUUUCAAAGAGAUUUUGGUAAAUCAAUUAUAAUGGGUUUAUUGGAAUUAGAUCUAGAUGAAGUAUAUAAUAAAAGAAGAACCAGAAACGAAGAAGAGUUUAUUGUUAAGAAUUUUAAAUCAAAGUUUGAUAAAUUUGAUUGGACAAAGCAAUUAUAUGAAGAUUAAAACAAAGGAAUAUAAAAUAAAAAUUUAAUUUUUUAACUAUUUU